AUGAGGAGGAUCCCAAGCUGGGUGUCUUCUUUUGCAAUUCACAUUUUUCUUAUAGCUUCUAUUUCUGUUCCCUUCACACUAUCCCAACCUUCUUUUCCAUUGAAAGAUUGGGAUGGGGAUUUGGUAGACCAAAUAUGCAGAAAAACACCCUUUUACGACCUUUGCAGCUCCAUCCUGCACUUAAACCCUCUGAAUCCAAAACCUGAUCUCAAAGGGGUGGCCCUCUUGAUGGUGAACAACAUUGUGGCGAAUGCAACUGACACACUGAGUUACAUCGAGAGCCUGAUCAAGCAGACCUCAGACCGUGAGUUGGAGCAAGCCUUGUCCUUCUGUGCUGAGUCAUAUAUCCCACUUGUCAAAUACAUUCUCCCACAAGCUGCAGAUGCUAUAAGCCAAGGCCGUUUUGGCUUUGCCAGUUACUGCAUUUCUGAUGCUCUCAAAGACGUGAAUACCUGCGACAAGAAAUUCUCUGGCACAUCUCAGGCACCCUUAGGAAACAGAAACGACAUUGUGCAGAAGCUAGUGGAUGUGGCCUCGGCUAUAAUUAAACUACUACUAAAGGGUUGA